AUGAAUCAUAAUAAUACAACAUUAGACAUUUGUGAUAAUGAUUUUACUUAUGAUAGAUUUGUUCUUGUGUCUAAAAUUAUUUGGCAUACAUCUGGCUUCAUUUGUUUUAUAAUUGGUAUACCAGGUCAUAUUUUUCAUAUUAUUAUUUUAUCAAAUAAAACUAAUCGGAAAGAAUUUACUUCAUUAUAUUUUAUUACUAUUUCAAUCUGUGAAUUAAUCUUUCUCAUAGGUGCAUUAUGGCUAUGGACUGCGAGUAUGUCACUUAUUAAAUAUGAUCCUCGAGAAGUAUUAUCAUGUGGAAUUUUCCAUUGCAUUAUUCUCGGUUCAACAACAUUGUCGAAUCUUUAUUUAGCAUCAAUUGCUAUUGAUAGAAGUAUAAUGAUUCUUUGUCCAAUGAGUUAUCGUUCAAUAGUCACACGAUCUCGUGUCAUAUUUCGUCUUAUAUUGAUUUGUUUAAUAGUUAUUUUACUUCUAGUUCCUAAUUAUUUUUAUUUACAUUAUAAUGCAAAAGCUACACUAUUUCUAUGUGAUUUUUCUUCAUCUAAUAAUCAUGAACGAAUUCAUUUAUUAUCAUUAAUACAUACAAUACUUUUUGUAUCUAUUCCAUCAUUGAUUGUGUGUAUAUCUUCAAUAAUUUUAUUAAAUAACCGAUGUCAACAUAAACGCAUACAUAAAAAAACUUUAAGUUUAAGUGCUCGUCGCAUGCAUAAACGUUCAAUACUGACUUUUUUGGUUUCGCUUUGGUUUUUUUUCUCUUUAUUACCAGCAUUUGUUGUCGAAAUAUUUGUUUUAUGCGACCAAUAUUUUUAUCGUGACAUGCAUUGUUUAUUACGAAUGAAAAUUUAUAAAAUUUUACUUAAUUGUUUUUUAAUACUUUUAGCAAUGAAUUAUUCAACUAAAUUUUAUAUUCAUCUUAUUAUAUCAACAUCAUUUCGAGACGAUUUUAUUCAAUUUAUUUCUUGUCAAAAUAAUCAAAAUUCGCUUGAAUCAAGAAGAAUGAAUAAUAAAAACAAUAAUGAACUACGUUUACUUCCACUAUUGAAUCAAAAUCCAACAAAAGCUACAGAAAUUUAA